GCCGGGUGCGAGCGGCAAGAUGGCGGCGGCGUUGCUGAGGAGCUGCAGCCGGCGGCUGCCCCGCCUGGGCCUCGCGCCGGGUAACUUGGGAGAGCAGUCUUGUCUCAGCUGUACAUCUCUGCGGUUGAUAAGGAACACUUCUGAUUUUUAGAGUGGAAGUGGAAGACGACCCUGCUUUUCCAGUAUCCAGUUACACUUUCUUAUCUUUGAAUGAACUGAAAUUAAGAAAAUUCUCUAUGCUGGUGGAAGUAGCUACUGCUGUCAGAAAUCCGUUUAUCAUUUCAACUAAUUCUAGUGAGGGUGCUUGUAUAGUGACUUUCACUGUUUCAAUGACUGGACUUUCUUUAAAACGAAUGUCUACUUUAAAUGUUGUAUUAGUGUCCAUCCUGUUUACGUUUACUCCAGAAAAGUUCAUGAUAGUUUUUGGACUAAAGGCUCUGAACGAAUGUACUUAACAAUUGCGAGUUCUCCUGACUCAUGGACACCGCUUGAAAGUAUAGGCAUUUUGGGGCCCCGGUACCUUCCAGUUCGGUGGUGGCAUUCUUCACGUCCCCUUUAUGAUGACUCCAUGGUGGAAAAAUCACUGAAGUCUUUAAAGGAUAAAAGCAAGAAGUUGGAAGAAGGAGGCCCUGUAUAUAGUCCAGCCGAAGUAGAUGUGGUUAAAAAAUCACUUAGACAGAGGAUUGUGGAUGAGCUGAAGCACUACUAUCAUGGCUUUCGAUUGUUGUGGAUUGACACAAAAAUUGCUGCGAGAAUGCUCUGGCGAAUACUUCAUGGCACCACUUUAUCUCGUAGAGAACGGAGACAGUUCCUUCGGAUAUGUGCUGACCUCUUUCGCCUGGUCCCUUUCUUAGUCUUUCUUGUUGUUCCAUUUAUGGAGUUUCUACUUCCAGUAGCGGUUAAGCUGUUUCCUAAUAUGCUUCCUUCAACUUUUGAGACAAAGUCUAAGAAGGAGGAGAGAUUGAAGAAAGAACUGAGAGUAAAACUUGAAUUGGCUAAAUUUCUUCAGGACACCAUUGAAGAGAUGGCUUUGAAGAACAAAGCAGCCAAAGGGAAUGUCACUAAGGAUUUUUCUGCCUUCUUUCAAAAGAUUCGAGAGACUGGUGAAAGACCUAGUAAUGAGGAGAUCUUACGGUUCUCUAAACUGUUUGAAGAUGAGCUAACGCUGGACAAUCUUACUAGGCCUCAGCUGGUCGCUCUCUGUAAACUCUUAGAACUUCAGUCAAUUGGGACAAAUAAUUUUCUGCGCUUCCAGUUGACGAUGAAGUUGAGAACCAUAAAAGCUGAUGACAAACUAAUAGCUGAGGAAGGAGUUGAUAUCCUGACUGUUAAAGAACUGCAGGCAGCAUGUCGAGCAAGAGGUAUGAGAGCUCUUGGUGUAACAGAAGACCGUCUAAGGGAACAGCUUAAACAGUGGCUAGAUCUGCACCUGAAUCAGGAAAUCCCUACAUCAUUGCUUAUUUUAUCCAGAGCUAUGUACCUUCCGGAUACCCUUUCACCAGCUGAUCAGCUCAAAACAACACUUCAGACACUACCAGAAAGUAUGGCCAUAGAGGCUCAAGUCAAAGCAGCAGAAGUGGAGGGUGAAACAGUUGAUAAUAAGGCUAGGCUGGAAGCAACACUUCAGGAAGAGGAAGCUAUUAGAAAAGAAAAUCAAGAGAAGGAGAUGGAAAAAAUAUCUGAAGCUGCUGAGAAAGCUAAGGAAAUACUUCAGGCUGCAGCCAUGAAAGAGGUGGAGCCCACUGUAGGUCUCGAAGCAGCUGCUGUACAUGCAAAAAAAAGUGAGAUGGCUUUAGAUACUGAACAAGAGUUGGCCAAAGUGGAUUUGGAAAUGCAGACAGAGAUCUUGAAGGACACUGCACCAGUGUUGGAAGGCAUUAAGGGUGAGGAUAUAACCAAGGAAGAGAUUGACAUGCUGAGUGAUGCUUGUACCAAACUGCAAGAUCAGAAGAAACCUCUAACAAAGGAAAAGGAGGAGCUUGAGGAGCUGAAGGGCAAUGUUCAGGAAUAUAGUGAGGAUUUGCUAGAGAUAAAGGAGCUGUCUAAGACUGGACAAGAGGAAGUAGUGGAAGAAUCUAAGGCAAGCAAGAGAUUGACCGUAAAGGUGAACCGAAUGAUUGGUCAGAUGGACAAAAUUAUUAGUGAGUUGGAGAAAGACAAAAAGACAGUUGAUGGACAGCUGAAUGGUGGUGCUACCCCACCUGUUGGAUUGUGUUUCCCCUUUAGGGAGAAUCUCAUCAGCAUCAGUGAGCUUAUCAAUGUCAUGAGACAAAUCCAGAAGAUUCCAGAGAACAAACUAAAUACUAUUGUCAUGGCACUAGAUGAAAACAAGGAUGGUAAAAUUGAUAUAGAUGAUGUUGCUAAGGUAGUAGAACUGAUUGACAAAGAAGAUAUCGAUAUUUCAGCCAGUCAGGUUAAUGAGAUCAUGGCAAUGCUUCAAAAAGAAGAGAGAGUAGAAGAAAAAGAGAAGACGAAAGAGAAGCUUGAGAGAGAAGCUGUGGAAGUAAAGAAUUAAGUUUCAGAAUCUGAAGCUUAGUCUCAUUUUAAUCGAACAGUUUCUAUCUUCUGCUGUCUAUUGCCUACGUAUUUAUCAAUUUAGCUUUUGUGAUUAUGAAAAACGUUACUGCUUUUGAGGUGAUUUUAGUGGCAAAUCAAAGAUAUUUCUGGAAUAUGGAAUGAAAUGUCUGUUAUCAAGGAAAUGAUUUGUCAUUCCAAGAAGAUGAAAACUAAAGGAACACUUUAAUACAGUGUUCUUCCUAUGGAAUCCUCUGUUUGUACUCCAUUUCUGUGCGAUAGUGAUUCAUUGAACUCAAUAGUUUGCAAAGCAGUAAUAUUAAACGAGCAGUGAAUCUAUCAUGGAAUAAUGUUUCUCCUUUAUUUCCCUGCAUCAUUAAAUGGGACCCAAUUCUGUUCUGCAUUCUCUUAGCCUUUUGCACAGCAUAAUAGUAAUUUGUCCUUGACAUUCAGCUGAAGGCACAGUUGCCUCAAUAGUCACUGUUAAGAUUAUUUAAUUUUAUUGGAGCUUAGGAUCAGCUCUGCUGUAGCCUCAUAGAUGGAGAACGUAACAUCUUUUGAUCACUUUGGUUAGAUUAGCUCUUUUUUUCAGCACUUAGGGAAAGAUUGUUUUUUUUUUUUCGUAGGACUGAAAGCUCCCCAGAAGAUUUUCUUUUUUUAAUGUGCCUUCUGCUUCAUAUAACUGAAAAGUGGGAGUUGCUAAUUCUAUUCAAAAUUCCACUUGGAUUGUUAAACUAUUGAGGACACAGGAGCCUUUAAAAUAUUUUCAAACUCUGUUUUGACGCAGACAGUAAAUUAUAUCGUGUGCAUAUAAAUAGUUAAAUGUAAAGUAAUUAGAAGGGAAAAAUGCCAAUCAUGGGAUUUUUGCAUAUAUUUUUUACAAAUUGUAGUUAUGAAAACUGCUGUUGUUGUUAUUUGCCUGGACUCCAUGUACAACGUAAUGAGUUUUUUACUUCUUGAUUUUUCAUCUCAGGUAUAAAAUUGCUAACUAACCAGGUGACAGUCAAAGAACAUAAAAAUGUUCGUCUCAUGACUUUGCUUUCUGUGAUAUCACCAAAUAAUGUCUUGUAUAAACCAGUGUUUUGAUUACAUUGUUUGCAUUCUGAUUGAUUGGUUUUAUAUACUUGCUUCUAUAAUUAUGUAAUUAAAUUUUGGCAGUUAAUGGAUCUGGAUUUACUAUGCCAUGUCUUUAUUUUUAAACUGAAGAUUUAAAACUCAAAUAGUGACAGUUUAUUUUAGUAUAUUGCAGUGUUUGAUUAGGCUACAUUUUCCCCCUUUUUUUCUUAAAUGCUCCAUAGCAAAUGAAAGAUGAAAUUUGUAACUUUGAUCUGAAUUCUUUCUGUUGUGAAUCCAGUACUGCAAUGUUUUAUACAAACAAUCUUUUACAGUUUUUUUUCUAGGUAAUCAGAUGAAUGUUUGUUUAAGCUUGGUGCUAACGGUAGCUAUGCUAGGGUGGUGGAGAACAGGGUCUUUACUUUUUGUUAUUUGAGAAAAUACGUAUUAUUUUCCUAAAUGUUUUGACUCCCAAACAUAUUUACACACAAUUCUUUGUUUUAUGUUAGAUUUAAAUUUAGAAUGACUUAAAAUGUUUUCAAAUCUUCCUGACAUUUAGUGGAGCAAAAUAUAGUUUGGACAUUCUCAUGGCUUGUGUGAUGGACCAUGAUAUUCAUUUAAUAUUCUUUGUACACUUCUGUAGCAAGAGUUUAUCAGCUAAUUUUAGGAAUGGGGUAAAUUUUAAGUUAACGGCUAUAGAACUUGUAUUUCCUGCAGUUUGCAAAGAAAGCUACUUACGUUGAAUAAUGUGACUGAUUCUGACAACUACUGCAGUUGUAUUUUAUUGUGUAAAUUCUAAUUUACCUAUAGACAGAUUGAAAUUCAAAUGAAUAUGAUCUCUGCAAUUCUUAAUGUAUAUUUAAAUUAAUGGGCAUAUCUGUUUUAUUAUAAGGUAAUGCUCAGUUAUAGAUUUCAGCACAGACUAGGUUUCAAGGUGUGAAUUUCUAACUUGACCAUAACCUUAUAGGUCAGAAUUUGUCAUACAAGAGGAAAAUGUAAUAGUUAAAUUUUGUUUUAACCAUAUUGUUUUAAAACAAUUAUACAACUGACAAAAAUUAGAAAUAUGUAUUGGCUUUAGAUUAGUUUAACUUUUACAUAUCUAAAAAUGCCUUUGGUUUUAAAAAUGGCAGCUUACUAGUUUAUAAUAUAGUCUUACCAGAAAGUUUUUGGUAUCUUUUGUAGAGGUGAUGUUAAUUGGCAGAAAGUGUGACACCUUUCAACUAAAAUGCCUGGUGACUUUUUCAGUGUCACAAAUGUGUGUAAAAUGCAUUGAAUGGAUUAAAUUUAAAAUAUAGGAAGGUCCCUGAAAAACGCAUUCUGUAUGAGAGCUGUGUAACUGUUCACUGACAUUGGCAGCAAAGUACUCCAGACUGAGCUGUACUUAUCAAGGCUUUUAAACACUGUGUCCCUUGUGCUUUUGUUAUGUCUUUUGUUCAUUUGAAAUAUUUGUGGAAUGAAUGAGAACGGAGCUGUAAAGGAAUUGUUGGAAUGUUCUUAAAGAACAUCUUAAUUAAAUUAAUUGGGAUACCUUUAUGGCUAACAUUUAAAGUAGUAGACUCGUCUAAACAUGGUAUAUUGAGGUAUUUGAAUUUUUGAAUCUGGUUAUUGAAAGCAGUAUGUUUAAGAAUAUAAACUGUGUCAAGUUCCCCUGUUAUCUAAAGAGAUUAUAAAUCAAGCACGGUUAAGCUUUACAAUUUAGUAUUAAAGUAAAUAAUGCAAAUCAGUUGUGGAAACAGGAAAGAUUUGCCUUUUGAUGUAGAAAGUGGGCAAAUAGUGGCAGUGGGACUUGCCCAAGUUCUUCAGAUUUGGUAAAGAUUUAAUAGUCAUCGGUGGGUUGUCAGUGACUCAAGUGUAGAACCAUUCCAGGAGUAGUCUUCUAGCUUUCAUCAAGACUACUUGGGUAAACAGGGUGUUUCAGGCUUCAGAUAGGUGUUUUUAUUAUUUUGUCUAUACAAAACAGAAAUGAAGUUAACAAGUAGUUCAGGAGGUGUGGCGAUGACUUCCCAAUAUACAGCAAUUGGUCAUAAUGCAUUUCUGAAUGAGUAUUUAACUGGGAAGUGUAUUUUUUUUAAAAUUAGAUGAGAGAGAAUACUUUAAAGAAAGUUUGUAAAUGUUAUGCUGGUAAAUUUAUAGGGCAGUAAAACUUUUUUUUAAUGGCUGGUCCAAAUUCAGGAAAAAAUUGACUUGAAAUGAAUUAGGUAAAAAUGCCAUAAGAAUCUUUCACUUGUUGAAUUACUAAAAAUUCCAGUUUGACCAACAAAAAGCACAGUAGUAGUACUUCUGCUUUUGAAAUAAUCAGGACGUUAAUUGAAUAAGUAUGUCCACUUUGUCUUCUGCAAAGCCCACUUUUAGUCAGAUCUUGGGCAAGAAUUGCAUUUUAUUGCUUACACUGUGUAAGCAAGUUUGCUUGCCAGCUAAGUUCCAGAGGCCUAACUUUAUAAAGACUCUUCAGUAGAUUUACAUUCAGUAUAAUGCAUUGCCUUUCAAGAUCAGGACCUUUGAUCAUAGGCUCUGCAAGGGUCUAGUUCUUUUUUACAACAUGGAAUGCUGCUUGUAACUUUUUAUUUUAAUAUCUACACUUCGCAUAGUGACUUUAAGCUUUAAAUAUUUUAUGCAUUUUUAAAACAUUUCUUCUCCUUUUUAAUUUAUUUCAAAUUACUGGAUAUAUUAAAGUUAAAGGUCCCAUAUUAAUUUCUACUUAAUUUGUGUUAUGUAAGUGAGGUUUCUUUAUUCAGUUUUUGAGUUCAGCCCACUAUGUAAGACUCUUUUAACAGCCUGUGCUAUGUGCAUACAGAUCUUCUAUUUGCUAUUGUGUAAUAAAAAAAAACUUUUGGAAGUUUAUUGAAACUUUUGUCUACUACCUUCUUGUACUCUUGAUGCCAGAUCUGUCUUUUUUUUUGUAACACUUCUUGAUUUUCUUUACUAAGUUUUAUUUAUUGCUAUGUAAAUGAGUUGCCAGGCAUGGGACUGAAAAAAUGAUGGAUCCAGGAUUUGCAAUUAUUUCUACAGGGAGAGUACAAAGAUCUAAAAAUCCCAGUUUUCUUACCUCUGCAAAAAUCCCAUUUAAAUGGGGCUUUACUGCCUAAGAAAGGUGAGAAGGAUCUAACCUUUCUUUCCUAUCUCGACCAUAUAGUAGUUAAAAAUCUGGCAGCCAUCUAGCUUUUUAUUAUAAGCACAUCUUCAUUAGUUGAUUACUUUGCUGUCAAAAUGAAUGUACUUCAAACUAAAAGGAGCCCCCUUGAGAGGGAUUGAUUUUUAUUUUGCAGAUAUAUCUGCACAUGGUUGUUCUUAAUCAGUGCCUCAUAGGCAGAAAGCUUUAAGCAAAAAAAAAAAAAAAAGUGCUAUGGCUCCCCAUAUAUAAUAUUUGUAUUAAUUAACUAAACAUUUUUCCCUGAGAAACUUGGAAAUUAUGAAUACUCUCUUUAAUACUAUUUUUAUAAAUAAUUUCUCUGUGUAGCAAUGAUUAUUUUGGCAAAUUUAUAAGUUGUGUAGCCAGUAUAUGAAAUCAAGGCUUUUUCCUGUAAAUGUUAUGAUAUUUAUUGUCUCUUACCCUGUCCUUCAAGCGGAGUCACAGAAGUCCUGAUGGUCAGGGACAGUUAAAACCCAGUUCAGGAAGAUACUUAAGUGUGUUAAUAAUCUCCGUGAAAUCCAUGAGGGUCCUUGUGUUCUUAAUAUUUCUAACCUAUAUUGCAGUAGUGUAUAGAGGCUUCAGCAAAGGAUCAGGUGCCAUUGUGGGUAGGCACUAACCCAAAAGAUAAUUGCUGCCCUAGAGAUCUUACCAAUUUACAGAAACUUGUCAAAAUGGGGACAAAGACCCAGCUCCAUAAAGGUAUUUAGGUCAUUAAGUCUCAUUGACUAGGCAUUGGGUGAUUUAAAUAUCUUUUAAAUGGGGGCCCCCACAGAUGACAACACAAAUCACUAUCUGAGGAUUCCUUUAAAAUUGGAGUGGUUAGAUUAAGUAUAGACUUGAAAAAAUUCUGGGCCAAAUUCUGUUUACACCGUUGUAAGUGAGCAGCAUUUAGUUCUUUGGCUUUUUGUUUUGAUUACAGGUUAGUGUUUUGGAUUAACUUGUCAUAUAAGUAACAUGGUAAAAUGGUCUGUAGAGGAAUCAUAGAUGUGGGAGUUACUGAACUCAAUGAGCAACCUAGAGGUGUACUUAGUUUCAGUGAGGGUAGGUGUCUUUAAUGACCCCCAACGACUGAACUCUGGAUCCAUCAUUGUUUCUACUUAUACAUAUGCACUGAUAUAGAGGAGUUAUAACUUAAAUGAGGCAAUAGCCUACAUUUGUAUUAUAUAUUUAAAACAAUUGUCUAGUUUAUUGAUGUGCUGUUCAUAAGAAAAAUUGUAAAAUGUUUUAUGGACUCAUUUACCUUGUUAAAAGGAAAAAAAUAAAGGGAUAUGAUUGGC